AUGCCGAAGUUUAAGCGCGUCACCAACCAACCCCAACCAAUCUCAUCACCCAUCAUCGUCAUCACCAUCAUUUUCAUACCCGCCCUCUCUGAAGCCACCCCGUCCCAGGCCUUGAAGCUUCUCAAAUUCGGUCCGAAUCUUUCACCCAGGAUGGCUGACAAGCUCCGAACGCAGCAAGAACUCGAACGGCUGCAAGCAAAAUACAUUGGCACAGGCCACCCCGACACCACGAGCUGGGAGUGGCGCACAAAUAUACAACGCGACACGUAUGCGUCGAUUGCAGGCCAUCGACCGCUUCUCGCCUACGUGGCCCUGGCAGAGAACGAGCCCAUUGUCAAGGUUCGCGCCAGGAUGAUUCGCAAAAUGCUUCAGCCGGUCGGCCCGCCUCCACCGCGCGAAGACUAG